CUUCAUUUAAGGUCUUUGAAGGGAAUCAAUACCACAGCUUUGUUCUCAUUAGGGCUGUACUAAAAUAAUUGAAACUGUCACACAUCUCAUCAUCAAACUCAAAAUUGUACAAUACCUUGAAUGACACUGUGGUUACAAAACUGACGGUGAUGUGUAAUGAUGACUAAGUCACCAUGAAGGAUUUUUAUGGGAAGUAAAAAAAAAAAUCAAUUAAGAUGGAAGUACCUACCCUUGCAUUGUGCAAGGCAAUGAAGAUCUGAAGUAAGCCUGCCUUCAAGGGCUUGGAUUUUGACAGUGGACAGGUACAAAAAUACAGCACCAGGUAAAAUACGGCCUGUAUUAUCAUUUAUGUCUGGGUACAGGAGAAAUUCUGACUUAGGGAAUGGUUUCCUGGAGAAGAAAUUACUAUCUGGCUUCUCGUGAAACAAAGGCUCUACAUUUUACCGUUGCCAACGUAGUAUGAAGGUCUUUAAAGCUUAAAAAAAAAAUCACUAAUUAAAGGAACACUGGGCAUCAUCUAAUGCAAGUGUAUCACUUUACAGUCGGGAGAAACUUAUGCCUGAGCUAGAAAUGCACUGGCCUACCAUCAUCACAAGGGCAAGUCAGUGACACAACACUCUGACUGCCAGUGCAGUGCCCUCCCACUUGAUGAAUCAGUCAUUAAGGCUCAUUGGCAAGCCAUUCCUACUUCUUCCCUUUCCGGCACUAGCUUCCUCAAGUCGACUCUGUGAAAUACCUGCCAAUCUUAUCCUGAACCAGAGUUUCGACCCUCGGAACAGUCUUGCCCACAUCUUUGGGACCUGAUUCGUCCUGCUGAAUCCGGCACUCGAGGGUAGGGUUGGUUGGAACCCACCCCAUCAAACCGCUCUCAACCCCACACGACGUCCACAAUUGCCCGCAGGCUGGCGGCCCGGAAGUGACGUAGUGGAAGCGGAAGUGGUGCCUUGGUUUCGACUUCCUGUUGUUUGAGGCUGGGUCGGGGGUGUGCGAUUGUGUGGGACGGCUUGGGGCAGCCCGGCAGCGGCUGACUCUCUGCCUGCGGGGAAGGGAGUCGCGAGGCGGCCGUCAUGGCGGUGUCGGAGAGCCAGCUCAAGAAAAUGGUGUCCAAGUACAAAUACAGAGACCUAACUGUACGUGAAACUGUCAAUGUUAUUACUCUAUACAAAGAUCUCAAACCUGUUUUGGAUUCAUAUGUUUUUAAUGAUGGCAGUUCCAGGGAACUAAUGAACCUCGCUGGAACAAUUCCUGUGCCUUAUAGAGGUAAUACAUAUAAUAUUCCAAUAUGCCUAUGGCUACUGGACACAUACCCAUAUAAUCCCCCUAUCUGUUUUGUUAAGCCUACUAGUUCAAUGACUAUUAAAACGGGAAAGCAUGUUGAUGCAAAUGGGAAGAUAUAUCUUCCUUAUCUACAUGAAUGGAAACACCCACAGUCAGACUUGUUGGGGCUUAUUCAGGUCAUGAUUGUGGUAUUUGGAGACGAACCUCCAGUCUUCUCUCGUCCUAUUUCGGCAUCCUAUCCACCAUACCAGGCAACGGGACCACCAAAUACUUCCUACAUGCCAGGCAUGCCAGGUGGAAUCUCUCCAUACCCAUCCGGAUACCCUCCCAAUCCCAGUGGUUACCCAGGCUGUCCUUACCCACCUGGUGGUCCAUAUCCUGCCACAACAAGUUCUCAGUACCCUUCCCAGCCUCCUGUGACCACUGUUGGUCCCAGUAGGGAUGGCACAAUCAGCGAGGACACCAUCCGAGCCUCUCUCAUCUCAGCGGUCAGUGACAAACUGAGAUGGCGGAUGAAGGAGGAAAUGGAUCGUGCCCAGGCAGAGCUCAAUGCCUUGAAACGAACAGAAGAAGACCUGAAAAAGGGUCACCAAAAACUGGAAGAGAUGGUUACCCGUUUAGAUCAAGAAGUAGCCGAGGUUGAUAAAAACAUAGAACUUUUGAAAAAGAAGGAUGAAGAACUCAGUUCCGCUCUGGAGAAAAUGGAAAAUCAGUCUGAAAACAAUGAUAUCGAUGAAGUUAUCAUUCCCACAGCUCCCUUAUACAAACAGAUCCUGAAUCUGUAUGCAGAAGAAAACGCUAUUGAAGACACUAUCUUUUACUUGGGAGAAGCCUUGAGAAGGGGAGUGAUAGACCUGGAUGUCUUCCUGAAGCAUGUACGUCUUCUGUCCCGUAAACAGUUCCAGCUGAGGGCACUAAUGCAAAAAGCAAGAAAGACUGCCGGUCUCAGUGACCUCUACUGACUUCUCUGAUACCAGCUGGAAGUUGAGCUCUUCUUUUCUUCUCUUCCUCUUAUCAGUAGGUGACCCGAAUAAGUUAUUGCAGUUUAUCAUUCAAGUGUAAAAUAUUUUGAAUCAAUAAUAUAUUUUCUGUUUUCUUUUGGUAAAGACUGGCUUUUAUUAAUGCACUUUCUAUCCUCUGUAAACUUUUUGUGCUGAAUGUUGGGACUGCUAAAUAAAAUUUGUUGCAUAA